UUCGCUUCGCCCAUUCCCUCGUUGUAGCGCUUCUCGGUUCCGACACAUUCUCUCUCUCUCUCUCUCUCUCUCUAGUUUUUCUUGGGUCGUCUUUUUCUUCUCUACUUCUUCCGGUUUCAGGGGCAGAGAAGACCUGAUACCCAACUGGGUAUGGAAUUCCACGCGUCUCCUGGAAUUCCAGAAUCCCAGCUGAACUUACUAUAAAACCCUAGAUACAGAGAUAUCCGGAUAUAAAGGGAUGGUUCGAUUUAGAUUCACAUAGCCAUAUGUAAUAGACGAAGAAAAAGAAAAAAGUUUGUUUUUUUUUUUUUGUAAAAAAUAGUUAUUUUUUCCUCUUGAUUUCAGUAUGCACAGAUCCGGAGUUGUAAUGGCCUGGAAUGUAUUCAAGUUCUGUACAGCCCUGCGUGGGCUUGGUUCCAUUAUGAUUCUGCUGGUCCUUGGCGUCGUCGGAGUCACGUACUACGCCGUUGUCAUUACUAAUUACGGCCCGGCUUUAUACGACGGGGGCCUCGGUUCCAUGACGGCUCUUGCUGUUUUGAUCCUAUUCCACGGUCUGCUGGUGAUGCUACUAUGGAGCUACUUCUCUGUUGUUUUAACUGAUCCGGGUGGUGUUCCACCGAACUGGAGACCUACUAUAGAUGAGGAAAGAGGAGAGGGCGACCCAUUGACGGGUAUAGAGUUUGGUGCCACAGGUGCAGGCCUGCAACAGUCAGCUGUGCUGCCUGAUCCAGCAAAUCCAAGAGUGAGGUACUGCCGGAAAUGUAACCAGCUGAAACCUCCGCGUUGCCAUCACUGUUCCGUCUGUGGGAGGUGUGUCCUGAAAAUGGACCAUCAUUGCGUGUGGGUCGUCAAUUGCGUGGGUGCUUUAAACUAUAAGUAUUUCCUUCUUUUCUUGUUAUACACAUUUCUUGAGACAACUUUGGUCACCUUAUCAUUAUUGCCUCAUUUCGUAGCAUUCUUUAGUGAUGGAGAAAUACCUGGAACACCAGGAACCCUUGCAACCACUUUUCUCACGUUUGUUUUAAACUUAGCAUUUGCAUUGAGUGUAAUGGGGUUUCUGAUCAUGCAUGUAUCACUAGUUGCUGCUAAUACCACCACUAUUGAGGCAUAUGAGAAGAAGACCACUCCUAAAUGGCGUUAUGACCUUGGUCGCAAGAAGAACUUUGAACAGGUGUUCGGGACAGACAAAAGAUACUGGUUUAUCCCUGCAUAUUCAGAGGAAGAUAUAAGACGGAUACCAGCACUCCAGGGUCUUGAGUAUCCAUCGAACCCUGUUUUGGAUGCCCAGGAAUACUAACAGAUAAGUAGCAGUGGAAUUCCGAUUCUGUUUGCUAUAACAUCAUAACUUGCUCUCUUCUUCCAAACAAAACAGAGUAUAUUGCUUUGCUCUCAUUAAACAGAGCAGCACAUGUUUGGGCUUGGAUCUGGCAUUCCCAGAAAUCUAUUCUAGGCAUCUUUGGCACACUGAGCGCAAGACAAUUUCUGAGUUCAUUGUGGGAUCGAAUAAAUGACCUUUGAGGAGGGGAGCUAAUGAAGGGACAUACCUUUUUUCCUUUUUGGAGGAUGACGUUUUCUUCAUGUGUCAACUGUAAAAUUUAGUGUGCUUUUCGUUUUUUUUUUUUUUUUUUUUUGGUGGGGAACCUGGGAUAUGUAAAAGAAGGAUUCACUGCUCCAUAACUUAAGUGUUGUGUGGAAAAUCCUGUCUGUUGUAUGUUUGUUGUAGCUUUUUUUCUGAUUAAUUUUAGUCUCUGUUACCUGCUAA